AUGACCUCCAUGAAAUCAUCCUCCUCUUCAAAUACAACCUUUGUGCGUCCUGCAACUUUCUUCAUCAAUGGCUUGUCUAAUAUCCCGCAUGCAAAGUACUACUAUGUAUUCUUGUGUGUUGUAUAUGUUGUGACUGUUUUGGGGAAUUCUUUUAUCAUGUGUACCAUUUAUUUGGCCCGCAGACUUCACACAGCCAAAUACAUUUGUGUCUUCCACUUGGCCGUAUCUGAUCUGUGUGGGAGCUCGACUGUGAUUCCAAAACUCAUAGACAUGUUUUUAUUUGAUCACCAGCACAUUUCAUAUGAGUCAUGCUUGGCUAAUAUGUUUUUUGUCUUUCAUUUCAUGAACUUGCAGUCUUUAACACUACUUGCCUUGGCUUAUGACAGACUGGUUGCCAUUUGUUUUCCUCUAAAGUACCAUGCCAUUGUAACCAAAACAGCCAUGUCACUCAUCAUAGCUGUAAUGUGGGUUUUGUCUGUGCUUUCAUUUGCUGUAAUGGUGGGUUUAGUAAACAGACUCUCUUUUUGUAGAUCUACUGUGGUCAGUAGCUAUUUCUGUGAUCACGGCCCUAUCAUUAGCCUUUCCUGUAACAGUAAUUCCAUUAAUUAUAUUGUGGCAUAUAUUUUCUUUGGUCUCCUGAUUUGCUUGCCAGUGUUACUGAUAACCAUCUCAUAUUUGUUCAUUGCUGCAGCGUUGCUUAAGAUUGCCCAUGGUGGUGAGCGGAUGAAAGCCAUGAAAACUUGCACCUCUCAUCUUAUGUUGGUGGCAGUUUUUUAUCUCCCAAUCUUAAGUGUAAAUGUUAAAUCUAUCACAGCAUAUAUUGACCCAAAUUCCCGGAUAAUUAACAACUCCCUGACGCAGACAAUACCACCUAUGCUAAAUCCCAUCAUAUAUACUCUAAAGACAAAAGAAGUCAUGCAAUCCAUAAAAGAAUUGUACAAACGAAGGAAACUGAGGAACUUGAAGCUGCUG